AGUGUGAGGGGAAGAUGUACUCGAUCGAUGAUUCCGGUGAACUUGUGUCUCGGCUUGCUUCCACCACCAGAGUCUACCGUUGUCCUCUACUCUCGCCCUUUGCCUUCCAUCAUCAUCCAAUACUCUGUUCUUCCUUCGUCCAAAAUGCCUCUGUACUUCCUCAUUGCGAAGUCCAUCCAGCUCUGUCUGCUCGUCUACGUCGGACUCGCUGCGCUCUACACCACUCGUUGCAUAUUGUCAAGUCCUUAUUCUCCGCUCUCAGCCCCUAAUAUUUCUCGGUUUCCCACCUCCUGGGCUCGGCACACAGCGCCUACCAGUCCAUUUGCCAAAUCAUCCGGUCUACCAGCUUCUCAAGACCUCAACACUGUCCCGCUCCCAAUUGACAUCUCCGACGCGCUAUGGCCUGCAUCGCUUUCACCCUCCUCCUCCAACUUUCGCUUUUUCACGUCUGCACUUGUACAACGUCUCGGUCUUGCUUCGUCGGUCGCGGUGCGCGAGGAGACGCUACUCGCCAAGGCGUUUUCGGGCGCGCUGCACCCGACGCGCAUCAUCCCGUUCUACUACCGGGCGAACGGGAAAGUGGACGAUGGCGAUGUGACGAUCACGACGCUUGUCACUGCGAACCGGUUCAGGGUGUUCAGGCAGCUGGUGGAAAGGUACCAAGGGCCUAUCUCCGUGACGAUCCAUAUACCCUUCCCUGCACACGCCUCUUUGUCCACGUUGCCCGCCUCGCAUCCAUCCGUCACCGCUCUCCAGCACCUGCACACGCUCUACACCUCCUCGCCGCUCUUUGCUCAGUAUGUUGACGUGCACCUCGCGCUCUCUCCCUUCGCUGCAGCCGCGCGCGGUCGCACAGAGAACGAAGGCGAAGGUGAGGGUGGGCGGCAGUUCAACGUAUGGCGGAACGUCGCGCGGCUGUUCGCGCGCACGGAGUUCGUGAUGAUUCUCGACGUGGACUUUGCGGUGUGCACGGACUGGAGAGGUGCCGUGCGAGAUGCGAUCGUGCGUGCCGGUGUAGCGAACGUGUCCACUGCGCAGGAUGAGGGCAUAACGAUGGACCUCGCAAGCGGGGAGCUCGUGCAGCGUCUGCGUGACGGCAACGCAGCACUUGUCGUCCCGGCGUUUGAAUAUGUGAACCUGGACGAUGGUGUGGACCAGCGGAGCUUUCCGGCGGAUAAGGAGAGCCUCUUGAAGCUCACACGGGCAUCCCCGCCGGUCAUCACCGCAUUUCACGCGUCCUGGGCACCGGGACACAACAGCACGGACUAUCCGCGGUACGACGCGAUCGCGCCGGGGAGCGGGGCGGUCUACCGUGCGAGUCAGUAUCAGAGCGCGUACGAGCCAUAUGUUAUCGUAAGCAAACGUGUGAGCUGGUGCGACGAGCGUUUCACGGGGUAUGGGGCGAAUAAGGCGGCGUGCUUGUUCGAGAUGUACCUGAGCGGAGUGUCGUUCUACGUCCUCGCGGAUCACUUUUUGAUUCAUCAGAGUCAUACGUAUGAGGAAGAGGCGCGAAGAGAAGAGAGAAAAUACAACCGAAGGCUAUACGCCGACUUCAAGGAGGAGGCGUGUUUGCGGUACAUCGAGCGCUAUGCCCGUGAGGGCACAUUGCAUACUCCACGAGGAUAUAAUGUCCAGGAGGAGUGCAAGAAGAUCAAGAGCGUCGCGCGGAUCGCUGGGCAGCUCCUGGAUCGGCGAACGUGAACCAGAUUUCAAUUUGUCCGUGUCUUCAUGUGUCAUCGUUUGUAGGUUUUUAACCAAGUCGUGUUGUUGGUAUCGUCCAUGUAUGUGAUUGAUGCGAGCUUUGUAUUCAUUGAAAUGCCUUCAAGGCUUCAAUGCAUGUAUUUGUUGGUUCACCGGC